AAACAAGGGAGAAUUAGAAUUCUUUCUUUAUUGAUAUCUAGCUAUUACAAAACUCUCACUAAAAGAAAAUCUUUUGUGCAGAAUUUUCACUAUUAAAAGCACCAUUGUGCGCGCAAGACCGUCCAUAUAAAAAAUACCCUAAUCUUUUGUGCAGCACUUUCACUAUUAAAAGUACCCUCUGUCAUUUUCGAAAAACUUCGUCAUUAUUGCAAAAUUUCACCUAUAAAAGUACCCAUGUCUUAAUGUGGAAUUGAUUUAUUAUAUCCCCAAAACUCGUAUAGUAGAUUUAUAACUUGUAUUUGGUACUGAUGUCAAGCCUUUCACAAUGCUUUAUCACAUUUAUUUUUCUACUUGGACAGGCGCAGGGCAGGCUUCUAACCCUAAAUUCUUCCAAUAAUAACCAAUUAUUGAAUAUCUCAGAUAGAAUUCAUCCACUUAUUAGCAAUCAAGAAUAUGCACAUUCUUCUGGCAAAAUAUGUGAGCAGGUGUAUGGUUUUUUUCCAUGUGCAAACAGCAUCAGUGGCUACAUUUUCUUGAUAGGAGCGUACCAGUACUUGAUGAUUACAGGGGAAGGACUUGUCUCAAGAGGAAGCAAGACUCUCUUCAAUAUUCUUGGCCCUGGCACUUUUGGCGCCACUAUUUUUCCAAUCUUGAAGACUUUGCCCAGGAUUGUCAUGGUCAUUGCAUCUGGAGUUUCAGUUAGUAAAGAGAAAGCUCAGAAUCAAAUCUCUUCUGGAAUUAGCACGACAGUUGGAGCCACAGUCUUCAAUCUUACUUUAAUGUGGGGAAUAUGUUUGAUAUAUGGCACUAAAGAUAUGACCAAAAAACCAGCUCUCCAACCUGCCGAAUCUUCACCUUUCAAAAGAUUGAAGGGCUUGAGUGAUAGAAGCGUUACAAUUGACAAGGAAACCCGUUACACUGCUGGAAUCAUGCUCCUUUCGUUGAUCCCAUUUGUACUAGUUCAGCCAGUCACUGCUUUCAACUCAUUCUUUGGAAGGCGUAUUCUGAUUUUCAUCACACUUGUAGUAUCACUCAUGCUUUUGCUCUCAUACUUCCUUUAUCAGAGAUUGUACCCUUGGAUGCAAAAGAGAAGUUUAGAAUACUCCAAAUAUGAGAAUUUGCUAGCAGGAUUUCUGCAUCAUGUACAGAGACAUGCAAAAGGGAAACUCAUUAAUGAAGAAGGGGAUCCUGAUAUUGAUGUCCUUAAAAGACUAUUCCAUGAGACUGAUAGAGAUGCUAACAAAUGCCUAACACUUGCUGAAUUGGAGAAUCUUAUACUUGAAAUGGAAUCAGGGAAGGUUCAGAUGGACAAAGAUUAUGCUAUUUCUAAGAUAUUGAAUUCUUUUGACCAAAACAACGAUAAAAAAAUCCAGGAGGAAGAGUUUGUUGAAGGAUGCAAAAGAUGGAUCGAAGAAGCAAAGCGGAUAGCUCAAAGUGAUGAGUCAAAUUCUAGGAAAAUUUUACGCAAGGUUGUUAAGAAAUAUACCAAGAAGCAAAAGGAUGAAAUUGCUGAAAUUGAGCGUAUAAUGGCAAGAAUUUUGAAGCAUGUUCAAACUCAAGCAUUAGAACCUGACCUUGUCAAAGAUGGAAGCCCCAAUGUUGAACGUAUUAAAGAGAUCUUCCAUCAGUAUGCUUUUGACGGGAAUAACGUCAUAACAAUACCUGAAUUAGAAAAGCUAAUAGGUUCAGUAAACUUUGGAGAAGAAAUCAAUCGUGAUGACUCUGUUAAGAAAGUGUUGAGGGACUUUGAUAGAGAUGGUAAUGACAUGAUCGACGAACAUGAAUUUAUCCAUGGGAUGACAAAAUGGCUCAAUAAAGCCAUUAAUGCCACUGAAUGCCCCGACAAAAAAAGGGCCAUUGAUGAAUAUGACGAGAUUAAGUGGAAGGAAGUUGAAAAAAUAGUUUAUGAGGAGGAAAAAGAUGGAGGAAUCAACAAUAAGUUGUUCACAUGGGCAUUUAACAAAUCUGUGCUUCAAGUUUUGCUGGGAAUUGCAAUACUGACAUUGUCUGCAAAACCUCUAAUGAUUAGUACUAAUGAUUUAUCAGAUGUUAUGGGGAUGCCUUCUUUCCUGAUCCCUUUUGUAAUGGUACCUCUUGCUCUAAAUGCAAGAAUGGCAAUUGCAGCAAUAUUUCCAGCAAGUCAGAAGAGUUCAAAAACUGCUUCUUUGACAUUCUCAGAGAUAUAUGGAGGAGUGAUCAUGGACAACAUUAUGGGCAUGGCAGCACUUUUGGCAGUAGUGUGUAUAAAGGACCUAAGAUGGAAUUAUUCAGCUGAAGUGCUAAUAGUUUUGGUGGUUUGCUCUGUAAUUGGCCUUCUUGCAUUUUUCCGCACCACAUAUCCACUUUGGACUUGUCUCGUAGCAUUUUCUCUAUAUCCUUUCUCAGUGGUGCUGUUUUACCUUCUUGAACGCGUAUUUGGUUGGGCCUAAUGAUAAUCAUAAUGGCCCAAUCAUAAUACUCUAACCCAAACCCAAACCCAUUCUCUCAGCUCACAAAGAAAAAGGAAAAUGGAUCUUUUUUCUUUUUCUUUUUUCAUUUAGACUUGUAAAAGCUUUUGAAUAAAAAAGAGGAAGUUGACAUGUUACGUCAUUUCCAUGAAUUUACCCCUCA